CAACUUCCGACAGCAAUAGCCCGUAUGUCAAAGCAUAUAAAAACAGGACAGAAGGCAGUGUGAGUGUUUGACUGCUGUCAAUGAAUCUACAAUCAAUUGUCGAUUUUCCUGGCGGACCUUUCAUAUUCUCGAGAGAGCACGAUAGCUGCAUGUGCCAUGAAUACGUAUGACAGAGGCGGUCCAGGCAUAUCCGGAAACGCGUUCGACAAAUGGGUCCAGCGAUCAGACCUCUCCGACGACUCGGCGAUAUCGAAAAUGCAGCAUCAAUACUGGGUGACCAAGCAAACUUUGUCGCGAAAGCUCGGUAAAAAGGAAGACGAGUGUAUCGUAGCAUCUGACGCCGAAUUGGACGCAAAGUUGGAGCUCUUCCGGAGCAUCCAGGAGUCCUGCUCAUACCUCCAGCGCGUCAUUGAUAAAUAUCAAGAGAGAUUGUGCAAUCUCGCCCAGGAGGAAAAUGCCAUGGGCCGAUUUCUGAAAGAGGCGGGUAAACAGGACAAGACGCGAGCUGGGAAGAUGAUGUCAGCUGUUGGAAAAUCGCUAUCCUACUCUGGACAACAGCGGCUAGCUCUACGGGCCCCGCUGGUAAGGCUCUACCAGGAGGUCGAGACUUUUCGACAACGCGCCAUCGAGGACACCCUCCACAAUGUCCAGUGCAUGGAGAAGGCGCGCACGGAGUAUCGGGCUGCCCUGUCCUGGAUGAAGAAUAUAUCUCAAGAGCUCGACCCUGAUACCUCGAAGCAACUCGAGCGCUUUAGGAAGGUGCAGAUGAGAGUGCGGAGGGGAAAGGCUUCCUUCGACAAUCAGGCACUCGACUGCCUCCAGAAGGUCGAUCUCUUGGCAGCUGCGAGGUGCAACAUGUUUAGCCAUGCACUUGUACUUUAUCAGAGCACUUUGUUGAACUUUACGAAGAAGUCUGCUCAGGCGUACGCGACUAUUGCCAAUAGCUUCAAGGGAUAUCAGAGAUAUGAUUUCAUGGUUGUGAAGGAACUCGCGGAGCCUUCAACGAAAUUAGCGCAGGAGACUGGGGGUGAUAAGGAUGAGAAUAAAGAUAAACUAUUAUUUUUUGAGGAGUAUCAGGAUAGCGUGGAGGAGGCGCAGGAGGCCAAGCCGAGUGAGAAGGGUCAGGAGAAAAAUGAUCAGACGGAGGACAAAUUAGUGGAUUUUGAGGGGGAGAUUAAAGAGGAUCUUGAUCUGGAGUCCAUCGAUCUUGCCCAGAAGACCGACUUGAGAGAUAAAGAGCUGGAGGAGUUCUUUGGAAAUGGGAAUGCCAGUCGUCCUAUGGAUGUCAAUCACACGACUCAACUCGAGAAGAAUCUGGCAAAGUUGGAUCUGGUGAUGGACUCGUUCGUCGGUGGCCCUUCGAGCUUUGAUUUUACGGACAAAAUGACGUCCUUAGCACCCUCCAAUCAGCAAGAGUCCAGUCAGGAGUCCCUUCAGCUCUUGACCUCCGAGAAUAUUCAACUUUUGGAUGACAUCUUGAAUAGCGGGCCGACAGGUAGUACGGACUGGGAUGCCAUGGCGAACGAUACGUUCCUGCCUCCGGGUAUUCUCAAGCAGAGUCUGGGAGAUGCGACACUGGGGAAGACAUCGAAAUCGGUGGCAGAUGAAAAAUCGCAGAAGAAAGGAAAGCAAAAGGGUAAUUCAUGGCUGGACCUAUUCGCUGAACUGGAUCCCCUUGCUAACAAUCCAAUCGAGAGUCUAUCUAAAUCGAGUGACAAUGCUCCAGCAUAGAUUACAAUUCAUCGAUCAUUUACAUCCCAGAUUGUACUUAAUGAUUUCUUCAACAUUCCAACAGCAUUUCUCAAGGUCAUUGAAUUAAUGUUUCUACCAAAGAUUUUUAAGCGUUUAAGAAAUGAAAAAUUAUAUGAACUAUUUCAUGUCGUUAAUCAACUAGUCAUUGAUCAUUCCGUCAUCGUUUUCAUUUGAAAAUUGAGGAUUUUAAUCUCCUAUUUACUAAGUUUGUUUUUUGGGUAUAAUAACUGUAUUCCUUUGUUGUCAGUUAAGUAUCGAAUGGUGAAAUUUACUAUACACAAAAUUAUAAUAAAAUUGAAAACAAAUAAUAUAA